AUGUCGAGUAUAAUGUCUUCCUCGCGCCGAUCUCAGAUGCACUCGUCUCGCGCCACAGCAAGGCCAUCACGCACACCUGCUUCAAGUCGCCAUGGUGGUAAUAGCAACAACAACAAUGGCAGACAGCGACCGUCCACACCAGAAUACGAACCAAUGUGCACGCCUCUGAACCCGACAGGCCAACGCGCACUCGCCGCGCUCCUUUCCGGGCCUUCCUUUCAGCAGAUGGCAAAACACCUGAAUCAAGCCGGCGAAAAACUGACCGAGGUUGCCGCCGAGGUGAAUGAGCGGGCGACCGAUUCGAGAGUUCGGUAUGACAAUUCAAGGAGGAAGAAACGUGCGGAGCGGAAUAAGAAAAAGGCAGCAUCAAGAAAGAGGAGCGGGGAUGGAGAUGAAAGUAUAGAUGAUGAGGAACAAGAGGAUGAAGAGAUGGAGGAUGGGGAAAACGAGGAGGAGGAAGAAGAAGAAGAGGAAGGGGAGAAUGAAGACACCUCGAGAGCCCGAAAACUUGACCAACUAGAUGAAAAAGUCAAGGAAGUUACAGUCCAGCUCGAAGAGAGGAUGCGAGGUAUUGUCGACGGAGAGUACAAGUUGAACGCAAUGAAAGAGGUGGUGGAAGAAGUGCAUAAAGCAGCCGAGGAAGCUGGGGCGGAGGCAAAUGCACGAGAGAGGCAAUCCAGGCUUAGAAGCCGGAGGCAUGUGGAUGAGGAUGAAGAAAUGGAGGAUUCGCGCAUGGAAGAGGACGAAGACGAAGAUGAAACCGUUACCAUCAUCCCAAGCCAGAUCUUGAACGAUAAGCUGAACGAGGUUGAUGCGCAAUGGGAGGAACAGUCCUUGGGGCAACGGUACGCACAAAACAACACCUAUGUCGGGUUCUACCGCAUUGUGCAUGAUUCCAAACAUCCCGGCGACGAAAUUCCUCCAGUGCCGCAUCCAUCGACAUGGUUCUCACACCUCGAAUCCGGCAUGGCUAGAAAUGGCAGUGCCUCGCCAGUCCAUGGAAGAAUCCGAGACGAUCAGUCACCCGACGACGAGGACGAGGAAAUCGCCAUUGAACGCGAACGCAUCUCAUUGAAAUGCCCGCUGACAUUCAGCACAUUCGAAGAUCCCGUCAAGAGCACAAAAUGCGUACACAGCUUUGAGCGUCAGGCCAUCCAGGAUCUCAUUAAGAACAGCACCAUGACCAUUGCUGCUGGAGACCAGGACUUUCAAGGCGGCGGCCGUGGUGCUCGCGCGCGCCGUGUGCGCGCUGUGCAGUGUCCUGUUUGCUCUGUUGCGCUGACGUUAAAUGACCUCAAGCGAGACCCCGUUUUGCUUAGACGCGUGCUGCGAGCGAAAGCUGCAGAACAGCGCGAAGAGGAAGAAACGCAGUUUGAAGGAAAACGCCAUCAUCGAAAGGGUGGCAGAAAGAGUGGUUUUACGAUUGCUUCGGAUGACGAUGAUGAGGUUAGUAUUGACGAUGACGAUGAAGACGAGGUAGAAGUGGAAGACGAUCAGGAGGAUACGAGAAACAGGAUUAAGAGGGAACGAUCGAGGUAUUCGUCUAGGGCGCCGUAUGCUGUCGAUGAAAUUCAAGACGAUUAG